GUGUAUCGAACACAGCGGGGGAACGUUUUUUCUUUUCCACUGAACUUGAGGCUCGUUUUCAUCUACAGUGCAUUUCAGAUAGGACGGUGGUUACAAAACCUAAAAUGUGUGCCAUAACCAGUGACCUGACAGUUUUGCCUUUUAACCAGAAAUUAUUUGUAAGAAUGGAAACAAAGCGGUUUUGGAAUUAAAUGUCUACGGUUCUGCAGCGCGCUGCAUAUGUGAGUGACUAACCCUACCGAGACUGAAGCGCUGCUGAGUGUUGCACGGGACAGGUUAACUGUAUAACGGGAGGGAGCUGUGUCUCCCACAUACUGUAGCUUCUUCUCUGUGCAGUGAGCACAUUGUGCAGCUUGCUUCUUCCUGCAUUGUAUGUGGCGCUGCUUCCUUAUCAGAGGGGCGAAGUGGGGGGAGGCGCGCGCCCGGCAAACAGGUUCUUUUAUAGCACACCGAAAGCUGGGACCUGCUUAGCGUGAAUGAAACAAGAGGGAGCCACGCCUGCAGCUCAGCUAACCAGGAAGUAUCCAAGCAGCAAGGAAACACCGGCCGAUGCUACGCCGAGGCAGUGCACUGAGAGAGCCCUCGCUGAUCUAUCUCCAGGCGCGAUUUUCUGGUGCAGGGCCUUCAUUUUUGUUCUUACCUUUUUGUUAUAUGCUAGUUUCCACUUGUCAAGGAAACCUAUUAGUAUAGUUAAGGGAGAACUACAUAAGCACUGUGCUCCUCCAAAUGAAGUUGAACUCAGCUCCUACAAAGAAUAUGCCAUCCAGAUUCAGCCUGUUAAAAAGUUAUCUAAUGAGUCUCGUUGUGGUUGGGAGCCAUUUGACAAGAACAAUUACAAACAAUUACUGGGAGCCCUGGAUUACUCAUUUCUGUGUGCUUAUGCAGUUGGAAUGUAUUUGAGUGGUAUAAUAGGAGAGCGAUUGCCUAUUCGGUAUUAUCUAACAGUUGGAAUGCUUGCCAGUGGACUCUUCACUGCAAUGUUUGGGUUGGGCUAUUUCUAUAAUAUACAUAACCUGUGGUUCUACAUGAUAGCUCAGAUAGCUAAUGGAUUGGUGCAAACCACUGGCUGGCCCAGUGUUGUUACCUGCAUUGGCAACUGGUUUGGAAAAGGAAGGAGAGGUUUGAUCAUGGGAAUCUGGAAUUCUCACACUUCCGUAGGGAAUAUCUUAGGAUCCUUAAUUGCUGGUUACUGGGUAUCUACCUGCUGGGGUCUGUCUUUUGUGGUUCCUGGUGUUAUAAUUGCUUGCCUGGGGAUCGUUUGUUUUCUAUUUCUCAUUGAACAGCCUAAAGAUUUCAGUUGCGCUUGCAAACCAUCCAGUAGCUCAAAGUCCUACAUGAAUGGUACAAAUAAAUUUGGAGUCCAUAAGCCAACCUUAAAUCUUAAAGAAACUGACAAACUUCAGGAUCCAGCGAUGCAGUGUUUGCUUCCUGACAGAGAGAACUGCAUGGUGCCGCUGAACCAUAACAUGGCAGUCAAUGGGGAAGGUGGAACUAGAAUGUCAGCUAUAAGCUUCAUAGGUGCUUUGCAAAUACCUGGAGUCAUAGAAUUCUCUCUCUGUUUGUUGUUUGCUAAACUAGUCAGUUAUACUUUCCUUUUCUGGCUUCCACUCUAUAUCACAAACGUAGAACAUCUUGAUGCGAAAAGAGCUGGGGAUCUUUCCACAUUGUUCGAUGUGGGUGGAAUCUUUGGUGGCAUUUUGGCAGGCAUGAUAUCAGAUAGAUUGGAAAAAAGGGCUUCCACCUGUGGAAUGAUGUUACUACUAGCAGCACCUGCUCUAUACAUGUUCUCUGCAAUCAGUAAAAUGGGCCUAGAAGCUACCGUAGUUAUGCUGCUUAUCAGUGGAGCCCUGGUGAAUGGCCCUUAUGCUCUGAUCACAACUGCGGUCUCUGCUGACUUGGGUACUCAUAAAAGUCUGAAAGGAAAUGCAAGAGCCUUGUCCACAGUUACGGCUAUCAUCGAUGGAACAGGUUCUGUAGGUGCUGCUCUAGGGCCUCUGUUAGCUGGUCUCAUCUCUCCCUCUGGUUGGAACAAUGUAUUUUACAUGCUAAUGGUGGCAGAUGCAUGUGCCUUACUAUUCUUACUCCGUCUUAUACGAAAAGAACUCCAGUGUAAGAUGGACCAGACCUUGUUUAAAGAACACUGAACUAUGAUAUCUCAGACAUGUGUGAUCAAAACUACGCCCUCAAAAGACUGUGGAAUAAAUUAUUCCGUAUUUUGUGAUUUGUUUUGUGUAGCAUUUUGCACAUUUACCAGGAGAGAAUUGAGAAAUUCAGCUGGUGAAAUCCUGAUGAAGUUUUUUUGUUUUUGUUUUGUUUCCUGUUUGCACAUACAUCCAUCUUUCAGGAUGGUGACUGUUUAUCACAUGAAGAGACAGAAGCUUUGGGAAGCUGCUAGCUGUAUGCCUUAACUGAGCCAAAAAAGAAAUACCAAGUGCCUUUUGAUUCAUUUUGAUAGGAUAUUUUAAGUAAACCUUAAACUGCUUAUUUUUAACAAAAUGCAAGGAGAUUUGAGAGUAGAGCACAAAGAAGAAAAUGAACUCUCUUCAGAUGCUUCAGCAGUGGAAUGUGCCAGUGGUAUUAGCAAAGCAUUUGUGAGCCAAGUUUCCUUUUAAGAACAAAAGAAUGGCCAUACUGGGUCAGACCAAAGGUCGGUCUAGCCCAGUAUCCUGUCUGCCGACAGUGGCUGAUUCCAGGGUUCCCAGAGAGAAUGAAUAGAACAGGUAAUCGUCAAAUGAUCCAUCCCUUGUCUCCCAUUUAUGCCACCUCUUAAAAGAUAAGGUCAUCACACUCUAUGUGAAAGUACCAGCUGUCUCAGAUUCACUGCUAUUCAAUAUCUUGAAACAGUUUAAACAGUAAGAAAAUAGUCCGACCAUAUUAUCAGACUUUAACUACAGCACUAACUUAUCCUACACUGUAAAAUCCCAAGACCAGCAUUCUGCUCUUUUAUGUAUAAUAUAUUGGAACUUGUACAUAAGUAGUUACAAUUUGCUGUAAAAAAAAAAAAAAAAGUAAGUAGCCUCCACUAGCCCCCUGGAUGGGGAUUUUUGCUCAUUUGAGGUUGUCAGAAAAGGAGACUCAAACAACAAACAGGCUUCUUAUGGUGUCGCAUUUCCUCUAAGGAGUUCUAAUGAUUUUUAGGGCACUAUACACUGGUUGUACAAACUUCAUAGAAUUGUUUUAUUGUUAAUGCUAUAGGUUCCUUUGGAGCUGCAGGUUAUUUUUAAUUUGGAGGGCAAAGGCAUUGUCUCAUCUGUGACUGAAGCUUUAGCACUAGCUGCUUUCUUUUUUGUUGUUAUUGGGUAAACAAAAAAUUGGCUGGUUUAAACCCUGAUCCUGAAAUGGUGUUGAGUUCAGGCACCCAAUUGACUUCAGUGGGGCUGGAUGCAGCUGCAGGGAGUCUGUCCACUCAGAGCUCAUUGCAGGAUCAAGAUCUUAAUCAUAGCACCAAAAAUCUGUCAAAAAGACUAAUAUUGCAGUCCAAGUUUAGAGCCACAGUACAUGGUUUCAAAAAAAUAAAUAACCUGGCGUACAUACUGGACAUAAAGUCUCGAGAGGAAAUUCAGAGGUUUAUAUUAUCCUGUAAGUGCAAGUGUUAGUGUUUUCAUAAUACACUGUUUCUUCUUGAUCUGACAGUUUUUAAUCUCCUUCCAAUAGAAGACAAGCUUCUGGUGAAUAUUUGUAAGAUGUACAAUAGUAUUAAAGGGAAUAUCUAUAAAAGAGAUGUUUGUUGACUAUAAAGGUUAAAUAGACUUACACAUAACAAUAUACAGUUUAUUUAUUAAACCUCUGCAUAACUGUUCUGAAUUUUGCUUUUUUAACUUGUUUACAAAACACUGUGGUACUGUACAUACCUCACUUGCUUAACAAAAUAACCUUUUUUAAAAUAACUCUUCAGAAAAAAGAAAUUUCUUCUUUCUCAUCAA